CAGAUUUCAGCCGAGUCAGGACACAGUCCCUCUACAGAAGCUUUGGGGACAGGAAAGGCAUGACUAGAUGCUCCCUCCAGAGCCCUGACCUCUGACUCCCUGGAGCUAGAACUCUGCUCUCUGGGGCGACUUCCAGCUCAGGCCGCCCCUGCCCGCGAUGGCCAUCCUCCCGUUGCUCCUGUGCCUGCUGCCGCUGGCCCCUGCCUCGUCUCCACCCCAGCCAGCCACACCCAGCCCAUGUCCCCGACGCUGCCGCUGCCAGACACAGUCGCUGCCCCUAAGCGUGCUGUGCCCAGGGGCAGGUCUUCUGUUUGUGCCACCCUCACUGGACCGUCGGGCAGCCGAGCUGCGACUGGCAGACAACUUCAUCGCCGCCGUGCGCCGCCGCGACCUGGCCAACAUGACUGGCCUGCUGCAUCUGAGCCUGUCCCGGAACACCAUCCGCCACGUGGCCGCCGGUGCCUUCGCCGACCUGCGAGCCCUGCGUGCCCUGCACCUGGAUGGGAACCGGCUGACCUCACUGGGCGAGGGCCAGCUGCGUGGCCUGGUCAACUUGCGCCACCUCAUCCUCAGCAACAACCAGCUGGCAGCGCUGGCGGCCGGCGCCCUGGAUGACUGUUCCGAGACGCUGGAGGACCUCGACCUCUCCUACAACAACCUUGAGCAGCUGCCCUGGGAGGCCCUGGGCCGUCUGGGCAACGUCAACACAUUGGGCCUUGACCACAACCUGCUGGCAUCUGUGCCCGCCGGCGCCUUUUCCCGCCUGCACAAGCUGGCCCGGCUGGAUAUGACCUCCAACCGCCUGACCACCAUCCCACCCGACCCGCUCUUCUCCCGCCUGCCCCUGCUCGCCAGGCCCCGGGGCUCACCUGCCUCCGCCCUGGUGCUGGCCUUUGGCGGGAACCCGCUGCACUGCAACUGCGAGCUGGUGUGGCUGCGUCGCCUGGCACGGGAGGACGACCUUGAGGCCUGCGCAUCCCCACCCGCUCUGGGUGGCCGCUACUUCUGGGCAGUGGGCGAGGAGGAGUUUGUGUGUGAGCCACCGGUGGUGACUCACCGCUCACCGCCCCUGGCGGUGCCUGCAGGUCGGCCAGCUGCCCUGCGCUGCCGGGCAGUGGGGGACCCGGAGCCCCGUGUGCGGUGGGUGUCACCCCAGGGCCGGCUGCUGGGCAACUCAAGCCGUGCCCGAGCCUUCCCCAAUGGGACGCUGGAGCUGCUGGUCACCGAGCCGGGGGAUGGGGGCAUCUUCACCUGCAUCGCGGCCAAUGCAGCUGGUGAGGCCACAGCUGCUGUGGAGCUGACCGUGGGUCCCCCGCCGCCUCCCCAGCUAGCCAACAGCACCAGCUGUGACCCCCCGCGGGAUGGGGAUCCUGAUGCUCUCACCCCGCCCUCCGCUGCCUCUGCCUCUGCCAAGGCAGUCGACACGGGGCCCCCUACUGACCGUGGUGUCCAGGUGACUGAGCACGGGGCCACGGCUGCUCUCGUCCAGUGGCCUGAUCAGCGGCCUAUCCCAGGCAUCCGCAUGUACCAGAUCCAGUACAACAGCUCAGCCGAUGACAUCCUCGUCUACAGGAUGAUGCCGGCGGACAGCAGCUCAUUCCUGCUGACGGACCUGGCGCCGGGCCGGACCUAUGAUCUGUGCGUGCUCGCCGUGUACGAGGACAGCGCCACGGGGCUCACGGCCACGCGGCCCGUGGGCUGUGCCCGCUUCUCCACCGAGCCCGCGCUUCGGCCGUGCGGUGCGCCGCAUGCUCCCUUCCUGGGUGGCACGAUGAUCAUCGCUCUGGGAGGCGUCAUCGUGGCCUCAGUACUGGUCUUCAUCUUCGUGCUGCUGAUGCGCUACAAGGUGCACGGCGGCCAGCCACCCGGCAAGGCCAAGACUCCUGCGCCCGUCAGCAGCGUUUGCUCCCAGACCAACGGCGCCCUGGGCCCCACACCCGCCCCACCUGCCCCGGAGCCCACGGCGCCCAGGGCCCACACCGUGGUCCAGCUGGACUGCGAGCCCUGGGGGCCAGGCCAUGAACCUGUGGGACCCUAGCCAGGUGCCCCCUGCCCCAAUCUAAGGCUACUCUGGCCCCACGGACAGCAGGACCUGGACACCCUGUGGGACCUGGCCUCAGACUCACCAAAUUGCUCAUGGUUUUUAAAACUCUGAUGGGGAGGGUGUCGGGGACACCAGGGCACAACAAGAAAGUCCUAUUUUUC